AUGAUCGAAGCUAGCUUAACGAGAGACAAAGUUUACUUUGCCGGGGGAUCGAAGUGGGAUUUGAAGUAUGAUGUUCUCGUGCUUCUGUGUGCUAUUAUGCUUAUGCAAUCUAGUGGUUAUUCCGAUGGAACAUAUGGAGUUCCCGAGAACGACGCGGGAUUGAGUGGCACCAUCGUCGAAUUCUCGCUUCGUGAGCCCUACAAUACCGAUGUCACAAAUCUCUCCGCUCUAUUUACAAAGAUCCCCGAUCCGGCAUACCACACAGUCGCGUUCGAAAGUGGAACAAUGUUCACGAAUGAUGACGACCUGGUGCUCUAUGGUGGACUUCAUCGGCCUACAGAGAGUGCUACUACUCCAGGGCCCCAUGGGCUGCUUGGUUAUCGGACCUUCCAGGAAAGCACUGUCAAAAAUGACUGGGAACCAGGGUUCUUCAAUAUCACGCUUGAUGGCAGCCUUACCAGGUUCGUGACAAAUGGGGCGGGAGCAUCAGUACCAAGCGAGGAUUUAGGGUUCUACUUUGGCGGAAGACGAGGGGAGAACUGGGGACCGAUCAUGCUGGACGAUGAGUCGGCCAACUUUACGGCCAAUACGCUGAUCUCGGUAAAUAUGACGCAGCAGGCGGAGUAUCAUCAGUGGGUCAAUGAGACCUUGCCAGAUCACAUUGUAUCACGUGCCGACGCAGAGCUCAUAUGGGUUCCUACCGGUGAGCGUGGUAUUCUAGUCGUGAUUGGGGGAGGAGUAUAUCCAGAGGUGCUGUAUCCGUCAGGCCUUUCGAAGGCCCAGCAGAAGCAAAAUGCCGACGAGGAUCCCUCGUUUAUGCAGGCAAUUCCGAUUUACGAUAUUGCGAGCCAAUCAUGGUAUGUACAGAACACCACGGGUGAUAUCCCGUCGCUCGGUCGGACAAUGUUCUGCUCUACGUUAGCUUCGGCCAGCGACGGGAGUUCCCACAAUAUAUAUAUCUACGGAGGCUACGAUGGACAGGACGGGGAGAAUGUGCCGUAUGACGACGUCUAUAUUCUUUCUCUGCCAUCCUUCAUAUGGACCAAGGUCUACAACGGGUCUUCGACCCACGGAAGAAGUGGUCAUCGAUGUUUCCGCGUUUUCCCAGACCAGAUGUUGGUGAUGGGUGGGCGCUUCAGAGACCCCUCGCUCUGUGUAGAAGGAGGAAUUGUCCAGAUUUUCAACCUCAACACGAUGCGUUUCCAACCUAAGUAUGCACCCGAUGCUUGGAGCGACUACAGGUUACCCGACGCGAUCAAUAGCAAGAUCGGGGGCAAUGGACUUGGCGGUGCGAAUAUCAGAGCACCACAGAGGUGGACGGACAGUAAGGUUGAGGCCUUGUUCAGAGUACCGUAUCAAAAGUCGAUCAAAACUUGGUUCCCAUACAAUACCCCUUCGACGAAAUCUGACUCCCCGAAAGCAGGCGGAGACACCUCACACACCGAGUCUCGUAGCUGGGUGUUGCCCGCUGCCCUCGGCGCUUCAAUACCAGUCCUCGUGCUAGUGGUCAUGGUUUCGUUUCUGUUCUACCGACGAUCCCAUCGUGCAUCACAGGUUACGUGGAUAUCCUGGGGGCGACGAGUGCUUCGAAAGAUUCGAGGGAAGGAUGUUACCCCCGAGAUGGACGGCACUAAGGUUGGAAAGAACCCCAUACGAGUGCGUGUCGUCAAUUCCGGUGUUGUUGAACUUGAUACCAAACGGCCAUCUGAGAUAGAGGGGCCGGAUAGACGCUCGUCAGCGUCUAUUACAACGACACCCACCGAGAUGUACUCUGGGGAUACACUAGUUAGUCCUAUUACCCCAAAAUCCUAG